AUGCUGGAGAAGGAGCGACUACAGGAGAAGGAGCGGAGUCCUGGCCUUUUUGGUCGGCUUCUCCGCAAGGUGGACGGCUGCGUGGUUCGCUUCAUCUUUGACGGCAAGAUGGAUGAGAGUAUGGUGACUGUGGACGACCCCUACGAGCGCACAAGUGAGCGGAUGCAUUUAUUUUCCGGUUCGGAGCCAGUCUGUGGCCGCGUGGUGCUGACACCGAAGGGCACGUACCGUCACAAUGGCAUUCUCUUGGAACUUGUGGGGGUCAUCACUACCUUCGGGGAGAGCGAGGAAAAAAUAGACUUUAUGCGGCAGGAAAAAAAAUUUGAGCCGGACACAUUUUGCUCCAUGACAUCGUUGGAGUUUCACUUUACUGCACCAAGGGAGUACGAGUCAUACCGUGGCACCAACGCACGUGUGUCGUAUUAUGUGCGGGCCACUAUAUACCGUCCUGUAAAGAACAUCACAGAGGUGGAGGAGGUGUGGGUGAGUAAGGUGGAUGCGUACUUGAGCGGGACCCAGUCAGAUGCUUCACGACAUCCAAGUUACUUUCGUGAGACUGUUUUUGGCCCACAAUCUAUAUCUAUGGACGUGGGCGUCGAAAACGUUUUGCACAUUGAGUUCAAGUAUGACAAGAAGAUUUUUCACCUCCAGGAACGUGUACUAGGGAAGGUCACGUUUAAAGUAGCUGACAUGGAUAUUAGGUGCGGCGAGGUUGGUGUGGUGCGAAAGGAAUUUAUAGGCCCCGGAAAAUCCACGGACGCCAUGCAAAGCGAGACACUGCAGAAGUUUGAAAUCAUGGACGGCACACCUGUUGUGGGGGAGGUGGUGCCUAUACGCCUGUACCUCCGUUCCAUUCCACACCUCACCCCAACGUACCCCAACGUCCAUAACUGCUUCCGUGUGCUGUACUUCCUGAACUUGGUGCUAAUCACUGGUGAGGGCAAACGGUACUUUAAGCAGCAAGAGAUUACAUUGUAUCGCAGACACGGGCAGGAGGUGCCCACCGGAUCCAUGACGCAAUCACCUUGA